UAAACACCCAGAACUCCCAUAAGCACUCCCCAAAUCAAGCAGGCCUUGGUUGUUUCCUCGCAAUGGACGACCUCGAAGACAAUCUCCCUAUCUCCGCCCUUUCCGACAUCGACGAUGACUCCGAUCUCUCCGACGUCGAUGAAGCCCAAUUCGCUGACAUCGACGUCAACCAAAUUGGAGAACAACCUGUGGAGGAGGAAGAAGAAGAGAUCGUGAAGCUGCCGAGUUUUAAGAGGAGGAGGACGGCGGCCGAGGGAGAGAAGGCGGAGAAGAAGGGGAAGGUUAGGCCGGUUAAGAGGCUUAGGGAGAGGGCUGAAGCGGGUACUAUUGAGGAUGAUGAGGUGGAGGAGGAGAGGAGACCUACGGAUCCGGCCAUGGCACGGAAAUGGGAUCUCGAUAGGCAACUUGAUAUGGCUUUAAAGCCCCAAAAGAAGCGAAGAGUAGCCCGCGGUGAAGAGGAUUUGGAAGCAAAGGCUGAUGAGGAGAUUGUUGACCUGAGAGUACGUAUGGAGAAUGCGGCAAGAGAGGAUUUCGAGGCAAACUACAACAAACUGCCAUCGACGUCGAAGUUGAAGUUGUUGCCCGAGGUGGAGAAUAUGCUGAACAAGAACUGGCUCAAUGACGCUGUGCUUGACAACAACUUGCUGGGGGCGAUGAAGGCAUGGUUGGAACCAUUGCCGGACAAGAGUUUGCCGGCCUACAACAUCCAAAAGGUCAUCUUCACCGCAUUGCAGAAACUUCCAAUCCAGACCGAACACCUCCGCGAAUCCGGAAUCGGCAAAAUCGUCUACUUCUACCAACUCUGCAAACACGCUGAACCCUCCAUCCGUCGCGCCGCUCAGAAACUCGUCGCAGACUGGACCAGACCAAUCAUCAAGCGUUCCAACAAAUACCGCGACCAAGAAGUCGAGUCAGUCGACUACGUCGCGUCCCAGGGAACACAGAGACAGAGGGUCCAGUAUCAGGAUGAUAGUGGGUCGCAGAAGACGAGGGUGCCGACGAGGGACAUGAAGAUUUAUACGGUUGCGCCGAGGAGUAUGGUGAGGGAUAAUCAGGAUGCGCAUGCGGCGGCGAAACAGGCCGGGAAUGAGAAGUUUAGGAAGAUGAUGCAGGCUAUGGCUGCGAAGAAGGCGAAGCGUUGAAUUGAGUCGUACAAGGGCGGGGCGUUAGCACGGUUUGUGGAUUGCGUAGG